UCGACUACGUUCCCGUUGUGUGGCUUAUUACUGAUGGGUGAGGACGUUUCAUGGACUGGCACGCAAAGAAUACUAAAUCUGUGCAUGGAGAAGUACGUUGUAUCAGAGUCGCCACGCUACAUUAUGCUGGUCUCAAAACUCAUCCAGAUUCACCAGAGGUGGUAUUUGGCCGCCGUGCAGUCUGCCUCGGCUACCACACUGAAAGUAACAAUUUCACAUACACAGCCCUCCCACCUACAUCCGGCACCAUUUCACUGAAUGUUUGUUCCCGAGGACAGGAGGGAGACGCCUGACAGUUGAAGAGGGAUGAUAUUUCCAGAAUGAACUGAGUUUAAGAUCCUGUAUGUCAUUUUCGUCUUGUGCGUCCCGUCCUGGAUGAUCACAUCCACAUGCGGCUGCAACCACAACCGAACACACGUUUCACAGGAAAGAGUAAGCUGUUGGAGUAAAUCGACGGUGAAAAAAAAACCAAGCAUGUCAUGUGGUGCGUGGAUUUUUCUGAGUAUGCCUUGAAUGUUCGCUGUUUUGUCAUUCCUUUUUUGAAAACAAAGCGUCCAAAAGAUACGGUGGCAUUUGCGUGCCCGGCCGCGCGGAACAGAAGAACGUCACUCUGGUCGCACUACAGGCCCUGUUUGCGAAAGUGUGCUCGUCUCUCCCCUUCGUGAUUUCCUAUGGCUUGGUAAAAGGUCUUUUUGUUCUGGUAGUGAUUGGCCGAUGUGAAAGGCUCUCUCUUUUUCUUGAGUUGACACAUCUCGACGAUGGCACCACUUGCCCGCCUGGCGGCGAAUUCCGCUCGCCUGCUUCAACUUCACAAAACAGUGCCGCAGUGGCAUUUAACCGACGGCCACUUGUCCAUCAAGAGGAAAUUUCAGUUUUCGGAUUUCAACGAAGCGUGGGGAUUCAUGUCCCGAGUUGCCCUCUACGCAGACAAAGUAGAUCACCACCCAAAUUGGUAUAACGUCUACAAUACUGUCGAUGUGGAGCUGUCAACACACGAUGCAGCUGGGUUGACAGAAAAGGAUUUCGCUCUUGCGAAAUUCAUGGACGACGCGGCGAAGAACUUCGAAAAGUAGCUCUACAGAGUUUUUCGGAAUGUAG